UAGUAAUGGCUGGAAGCUUAAAAUAGAUCUGGGGAGGAGCUAUUAACAUGGCAUAUGAAGCAGUYCAGCACCUCUGGACUUUUUCAUUUUGGAAAUUGCUGUGGUCCRUUUUUACGUCCUUCUAUGCAAUGGACAAGAAAAUACAGACGUUGACUAACAUAUUUGCCCCAUUUGAUGAUGAACUAAUUUAGACCAGCCAAAAUAAUUGUUCCCCAGGGACACAGGAAUUCAACCUCAGUUCAGAAAAUCCCUGACAUCUGACGUAGGAGGAUUUAUAGGUUUAGUGGAAAUUGCUUUCUCCUGCUUGCCAGAUUACAUACUGCCGGUUAAUUUUUUUUUUUUUUUGCAUGAGUAAACAUCCUUCCAAUAAUGAACAGACCAAUAAUGUCUUAAGAGAGAAAAGAACAUCCGUUUCCUUUUUGUGGUUUCUUGAGAGACGUGUUUGGAUUUUGAAACCCAUGUUGGCUGUCCAGAAUAUGAAAUUUGGUAUCUUCCUUUUGUGGUGGGGAUGGGUUUUGGCCACUGAAAGCAGAGUGCACUGGCCAGGAAGAGAAGUGCACGAGAUGUCUAAGAAAGGCAGCCCAAUUCUGAAACGCAGCCCUGACAUCACCAAAUCACCUCUGACAAAGUCGGAGCAGCUGCUGAGGAUAAAUGACCACGAUUUCAGCAUGAGACCUGGCUUUGGAGGCCCAGCCAUUCCUGUUGGCGUGGAUGUGCAGGUGGAGAGCUUGGACAGUAUCUCAGAGGUCGACAUGGACUUUACAAUGACCCUCUACCUGAGGCACUACUGGAAGGAUGAGAGGCUGUCUUUUCCGAGCACCAAUAACCUCAGCAUGACAUUUGACGGCCGGCUGGUGAAGAAGAUCUGGGUCCCGGAUAUGUUUUUCGUGCACUCCAAGCGCUCCUUCAUCCACGAUACCACCACAGACAACGUCAUGCUUCGGGUCCAGCCGGAUGGCAAGGUGCUCUACAGCCUCAGGGUUACAGUGACUGCAAUGUGCAACAUGGACUUCAGCCGAUUUCCCCUGGACACACAAACGUGCUCGCUUGAAAUUGAAAGCUAUGCCUAUACAGAAGAUGACCUCAUGCUCUACUGGAAAAAGGGCAAUGACUCCUUAAAGACAGAUGAGCGGAUCUCACUCUCCCAGUUCCUCAUUCAAGAAUUCCACACCACCACUAAACUAGCCUUCUACAGCAGCACAGGCUGGUACAAUCGUCUAUACAUUAAUUUCACUUUGCGUCGUCACAUCUUCUUCUUCCUGCUCCAAACCUAUUUCCCUGCCACCCUGAUGGUCAUGCUGUCCUGGGUGUCCUUCUGGAUUGACCGUAGAGCGGUGCCUGCCAGAGUCCCCUUAGGCAUCACAACGGUGCUGACCAUGUCCACCAUCAUCACGGGCGUGAACGCCUCCAUGCCCCGCGUGUCCUACAUCAAGGCGGUGGACAUCUACCUCUGGGUCAGCUUUGUGUUCGUGUUCCUCUCGGUGCUGGAGUAUGCAGCGGUCAACUACCUGACCACGGUGCAGGAGCGGAAGGAACGGAAAUUGAAGCUGCGAGAGAAGCUCCCCUGCGCCUGUGGGUUACCGCAGUCGCGGGCUGUGAUGUUGGAUGGCAGCUACAGUGAUGGCGAAGUGAACGACCUGGGCAACUACAUGCCAGAGAAUGGAGAGAAGCCCGACAGGAUGAUGGUGCAGCUGACCCUGGCCUCAGAGAGGAGCUCUCCCCAGAGGAAAAGUCCAAGAAGCAGCUACGUGAGCAUGAAGAUCAACACCCAUGCUAUUGAUAAAUAUUCCAGGAUCAUUUUUCCAGCAGCAUAUAUUUUAUUCAAUUUAAUAUACUGGUCUAUUUUCUCAUAGAUGCCUGUAAUUCUAUAAAUUUCACAUUUUUUUUCAUGGUAUGUACUACAGAAAUACCUGUAUGAUGAAAAAAGAUUUAAAAUUUUUUUUUUUUUAAUUCCCAGUACCAUCUUCACUAUCCCUUCUCCAGCUUUCCAAAAUUUCAUUGGCAAGAUAGUUUUUGCAUUUAUUAAGCAUCUAUUGUAUACAAAGCAUCAUAUUAGGUGCUACAGCAACUGAUGUUAUUUGUUACCCUGGUCUCCCUGAAAAGCACAGUACCAGUGUGGUGGACACUGUAGUUUUAGAUCCCAGAUGCUUGUUCACCUGAAUGCUUUCCUUGGAAUGAAUGUCAUUAUAUUCUUUGGGCUAGUUGGAAUUGGAAAACACUUACAGUUCACUUGCAUGGAACCCACAUGCACCUAAAU